AUGCCUCCUCGCCUCGCCGUGCCGCCUGCGCCAGCACUCGCAGCGGGCCCGUCGGUACCCGUCCUCGCACCCUCUCGCAGCGAGCCGAAACCGCUGAUCAAGGCCUCAAAGGAAUGGGUCGUACCACCUCGACCAAAGCCGGGACGCAAGAGCGCCAAAGUCGACGCGGACACACCGAAGAAGACGGGCAAGAACUCUCAGAAGGCUUUCCGCGAGCGCCGACAGGAGUACGUGACUGAGCUCGAGGAGAAAGUGCGCCGACUCGAGGCGGGCGAGGGCGAAAAGUGCGUCUUUUACCAGCAACAGGCGCAGAAGGCCAAGGUCGAGUCGCAGCAGUUGUGGGAGCAGAACGUCGCGCUCAAGAGGGAGAUCGAGGCGUUGAAGCUCGAGCUGGCCAAGGUCGGAGGAGGAUCGGGCGGACGAGCCGGAGGAAAGGCUGGCGAGAAAGGCAAGGCUCGAGCUGUGCCCGACGACUUUGUCGACACUGCGACGACGACGAAGCGCCCGAGGCGGAGUGCGGCCAUCCGAGCCAAGGCGGUCGUCGCGUCGGCCACCUCAUCGUCUCCGCCAGAACCCGCUGCUGUGGGCACGCACUCCCCCGUCUCCGCCGCCUCACCAGACGGAGCAAGCACGUCACACUGCCCCCACGCUGUGGUCUCCCUCUCGCCGUCCAACGGUGGGCUGCCCGUACCCCCCUUUGCCGCGCCUACCCAGCAUCAGCGCUGCACCUUCUGCUCGGGCGACGCAAACUGCUUCUGUGCCGAGGUCGGUUACGAGGUUGCGCCUUCGUCAGCGACGGCAGCGAUGCAAAUCGUCGAGAUGGCCGCCGCGGCUUCGCCGAACAUUGUCAAGGAGGAGCACGUCGACUCGGCUUUCAACGACGUCGGCUACGAGCCUGCCGUCCCGCUGAGACUGAGGCGGUCGCAGAACAAGCCGUUGACCACGGUGUGGGCAAUCGAGUCGUCUAGCAGCCGUUCGACUUCCGUCGUUGCAACCCCUUCCGCCACCAAGGUCGUCUGCAGCGGCGAUCCUGCCAACUGCCCUGCCUGCUCCGACGAUCCGUUCGGCAAGGCCUUCUGCAACGCCCUCUCAUCCACCGUCUGCUCGACCCAACCCUGCGCCAACUGCCCAUCGCACGCAACGCGGCGCAAGAUUCCGACACCUCCGCCCGAGUCGGUCGAUGAUGAAGCAGCCAUCUUCGAGUCCUUCACCGACUUGCCUUGCUGCAAAGACCCGGCGCUCUGCGGGUCCUUGACGUGCAAGCCUGAGGACGAGUCGCACCACUCGACGCCCGCCUCAACGGCGUCUCGCGAAAGGAACGUCGACACCGUGCCUUGCAACGAGGCGUGGACGCAGCUCAAGCAGCACCCCAACAUCGGCUUUGCAGACCUGCAAAUGCUCGCCGACGUCGUCGCGAAGCGGACGUACUGCGAUGGACCAGUGGCCUCGACUCCGCCCCCUCCGCCAGGCGUCACCUCCGAGACGUUCCCCGCCUCUUCGAGCCAUCGUCCGAUGCUCGUCCCGCAGUCGGCACUCCAGUGCUCGGUCGAUGCGGGUACUCGCAGGCGGUUGACCGUCGAGCGCGGCGCGGUCAACGAAGCGCUCAGCAUCCUGGACAAGGCUGCCGGGCGCGGCGGACCAUUGAAGCGCUAG